AUGUUGCGUCCGGAUAUCUUCACAGGUUUGCGAGGCCCCCCGAAAGGCAUCCUACUCUUCGGUCCACCGGGAACUGGGAAGACUCUAAUCGGAAAAUGCAUUGCUUGCCAGUCCGGAGCUACCUUCUUUAGCAUUAGCGCCUCCUCGCUUACUUCCAAGUGGGUGGGAGAAGGCGAGAAAAUGGUGCGUGCUCUUUUUGCGAUCGCGAGAUGCCACCAACCUGCGGUAAUUUUCAUCGACGAGAUUGACUCCCUGUUGUCGCAGAGAUCGGACAGCGAGCACGAGUCGUCGCGGAGAAUCAAGACAGAAUUUUUGGUUCAACUUGACGGAGCGACGACGGCCGCCGAAGAUCGGAUUUUGGUUGUGGGCGCUACCAACCGCCCGCAAGAGAUCGACGAAGCAGCGAGAAGGCGUCUUGCCAAGAGAUUGUACAUCCCCUUACCGGAAGGAGGAGCAAGACGGCAAAUUGUGACCAAUCUGAUGUCUAGAGAAAGAAACAGCUUGAAGGAGAGUGACUUGGAAAGCAUUGUAGGCGCGACAGAAGGGUUCUCGGGAGCGGACAUGACGCAGCUGUGCAGAGAGGCGGCGUUGGGACCGAUCCGUAGCAUCCAGUUCGCGGAUAUCGCCACAAUCUCGGCGGAUCAGGUGCGUCCGAUCACCUCCGUGGACUUCCAGGAGGCGCUGAAGACGGUGAGGCCCAGCGUGUCGAACAAAGACCUGGAGCUGUACGAAGACUGGAACAAGACUUUCGGAUGUGGGAGAUGA